AUGCCGCUCGCGCACCACACUCUCCGCUGGUCGGGGCAGAGCGUGCGGGAAUCAUGCGCGCGCCAGCGGUGCACGGCUGCUGCGAGGGGUUGCAUGCGGCCCGGGGGGCGCCCUCGUGCCCAGAACGUGCCGCGCCGCGUCGAACGGGCGAUCUCCGCACGUGCAUCGAAGUCAUGGAUCAGCAGCCGCGGCGAGGACGCCAUGCACGCGGAUGACGUCACGCCCGCGUCGCAGGGGGAGCUCGUCCCGGAAGGCCCGGAGGAGCUCGUUGCUAGUGAGCCUGGUUUGGACUUCAACGGCGACCCCAUCGCGCAGGACGACCUCGCGCUCAUCGGUGGGAUCAUGGGCGCGCACGGCGUGUCGGGCGAGCUCAAGGUCAAGCCGAUCACGGACGCCCCCGAGCUUCGCUUCGGCCAGCCUGGUCCGCGCUUUCUGGGGCCCGACUCGCGCCGGUACCAGUCGAAGCUGGUCCCGCCGCGGGAGGUCAACCUGCUGGGCGGCCGCAAGGUGCUGGCGAAGGGCGCGGAGGCGUGGAUCGUGCGGCUGGAGGGCGUCGAGACGCGGGAGGCGGCGCAGGCGCUGUCGGGGCAGUCGCUGUACGUGCACGUGGCGGACCGGGAGGACAUCGAGGAGGAGGGGCUGUUCUACGUGCAGGAGCUCGUGGGGAUGGAGGUGUACCUGCAGAACGCGGAGGACCCGGACGUGGUGGGCGCCAAGGUCGGGACGGUGGUGGAGGUGUGCGACGGGACGGGCACGCACGACGUGCUGCGGAUCCGGCGCGUGGAGUCGGACGAGGCCGGGGAGGAGCGCACGACGCUGAUCCCGUUCGCCAAGGAGAUCGUGCCGUACGUGGACCUGGAGGACAACGUGAUGGUCAUCACUCCCCCGGAGGGGCUGCUGGACCUCGUCACCAAGGGGCCGUGGCAGGGCGGGCGGCGCAGGGACGGGCGGUCGCGCGCGCGGAAGGGCGGCCGGAGCAAGAAGCGCGACAAGGCGGCGGCGGCGCGUGAGAGCCGGCAGGGCGGGAGGGCAGCCAACUGA